GUUCUGAAUAGGUCCUCAAUAGAAAUCCAAGUUUUCAUGCAUAUUGACAAACUCGAUGACUUAUUAAACUCGAGCGGUUGCCUAGUUGACCUCCAUUCUAGCAGAUUUACCGAGAAAGAUCUAAACUUAUAUCUGAAUCACUGGACACUUGGUCUAGCACAUCAAAAUCUGAAAUGAUCUCGCGUAAGCCGAGGGGAAUAUACAAGAGAUAUAUUGAAAGGCAUACCGUAUCAAGAAGAUUCGGGUCCGUAACAUACUGGGGUGGAUACGAUAUUCAAAGGAAUGAUGGAACGGAUGCAACACUCUACAUCUCUGAAACUAGAGAGCGACUUCAACUUAAUUCUCAAG